AUGGAUGAUAGAACAAAAAAGGAUAUUAAGGAUAAAGCUAAAUUACAAGAAUUUUAUGACCACUGUUGCAAGUCACGUCAUUAUUUUUUUCAAAUAAAAAAGUGUGGGGCAAUUGAUUGUAAUAUUUGUAAGCCAAUAAGAAGUGAUGAACUUGAUUUUUCACAAGUUCAUUCAUUACCUGACCCAGUUCCAAUAGCUGACAAAACUAAUUAUAAACAAUUUGAGGAUGUAUAUGUUACAAUUACAACAGAGCAAUAUAGACCAUCUUUAUUAAAUCAACAACAAAAAAAGAAGAGAGCUCAUAUAGAAUUUGGUCCUACUGCUCAAUUUGUAAGGAAUGUUGGAAUAGUAAUUGAAUGUUGUGAAUGCAACAAAUGGCGUGUAUUAUAUAGCAAAAGCAAGUUAUCUCCCUUUGAAGUAUCCAUUUUGGAAAGAUAUCUGGAUACCAUUCAAUAUACAUGUGGUGAUUCUUUUGAAGCUUUAGUGGAAAAUGUGGAACAAAAUGAAUCAAAUAUUAAUGGUGAUGAGAAUAGUGAACAUGAUUAUGUAGGAGAAAUUUUUAAAAAAGUAAAAGUUGAUGAUUUGUUAAUAUGUAAUAAUCCAACAGAAAUUUCUUAUUAUUCAAGUGGUUUAUUUGAAGAAAUUUGUUUUCAGUGUGGAAAAGUACCAGAAGAUGAAUGCGACGAAUCUGAUAGACCCAAUUUAAAUGAAGGAUUUUAUUAUUAUUGUGAUGAGUGUCAUACAACAGUUUCAAGUAAAAAAAAACGUGGUAAGAAUACCAAGUUUCAAGUAUCAAAAAGAUCACGAAAAUAA